AUGUGGCCCGUAGCGUGGUCGUCUGCGGCUGUGCUGCGGUCGGUGUCUACGCGCUCUUCGACGCGAGGCGUUCCCGGCAGAGAGGUACGGCGCAGCGUAGCAAACAACAUCAACCGUGCAGCCAUUGUCCAGGAAGAGCGUUACGGGAAGCCGCAGCUCGGCGGACCUUUCACGCUCACCGACCAGACUGGGAAGCAGCGCUCCCUGUCAGACUUCCGAGGGAAAUUGGUACUUUUAUACUUCGGUUUCGUCAACUGCCCGGAUAUAUGCCCGGUCGAAAUGCAUAAACAGACCCAGGUGAUGGAAAUUCUCGACAAACGUUUUGGUAGCGUUGUGCAACCGUUGUUCAUCACUGUGGACCCAAAGCGUGACUCGGUGGAGAAGCUGGCGGAGUACGCCAAGGAGUACCAUCCGAGGCUGGUCGCGUUGACAGGCACACACGAAUUGAUCCGAGACGUGGCAAAGAAGUUCAGGGUGUACUACAACCAGGGCAUCACCGCCACCGACCAGGACUAUUUGAUCGACCACUCCAUCAUCCACUACCUGCUCGACGAGAACGGCGAAUUCCUCGAGUUCUACGGCAAAAACGUCAAUGUGAAGGAAAUGGCCGACGAUAUCGCAAAAAUACUGCAGCAGCGCAAACUCAAACCUUAA